AUGAACGCACGUAGCGGUCCAUUCUUGUCAGUUUCUGUCCCCUCGGGUCGUGUGCCCCCGGGCACACCAGAGACCAUGGCAUUGCCACGCCCAAUUUUAUGGAGAGAAGAUCAAUUCCUCUUUGUUGGCAUGGUUACGAUUGCCGUUGUGGCACUUUUCCGUGCAAUUAACUCACCCCGCCCUCUCGUAGACUUCACUUGGAGAGCGGGUCGCUUCGUUUUGCCUGCAAGACCUAACUAG